CGAGAAUGAGCCUCUGUCCGGAUUAUACCGGAAGUGCUGGAAGGCGGGAGAAAACUUUACAAAAUAAUAACAGACUGGGAAGUAAAUAAAUAUAUAUCCACUGUGAUGUUUUCGGUGGUGUUUUGGGAGAUCAGCUGACAGCUGAGGCAUCAGGAUGGGAGAUUUGAUGUUGGCAUCUGUCGGUGAUGACAUCCGGCUGUGGGAUUCUUCCUCAUGGAACUUAGUGCAGCAAUAUAACCCCCACGAUUAUAACGUGUCGGCCGUCAGCUGGAGCUGUGAUGGUAGUAUAUUUGGCAGUGUUUCUGCAAAGGAUGACAAAGUGUCCCUCAACUAUGUGAAAAACAACACUAUUACCACUACAGAGCUCAACUGCCAGCCGGGCCGACAAUGUCUGGAUAUCGGCUACAACACUCGAUUCCUGGUCACCGGCGGCUCCGACAGUAUCGUCAGUGUCUGGGAUCUCAAGGGGAAGAAACUCAAGACAUCAUUCAAAGAACACAAAGGUCCAGUGACGUGUACCCAGUUCAACUGGAAUGACUCAUACAUUGCAUCGGGAUCUGAGUCAGGGGAGAUAAUCCUUCACAACUUUGUGACUGGGCAGAGUAGCAGCCCACUGCUAGCACCCAAGGCAGAGGCCAUCAGACAGCUCCAAUACAACUAUUACAAGAAGUCUCUGCUGGGCUCGGCCUCAGACGAUGGCACCAUCAACCUAUGGGACACCAACACACGCCGACUCCUCCAUUCCUUCACUAAAGCUCACGUGGCCCCAGCCACAGGUCUGGCUUUCUCCCCGCUCAAUGAGAUGCUGAUGAUGAGUGUGGGUCUGGACCAGAAGCUGGUCUGCUAUGACCUGCAGGGAAAGAGGACUCUGAAGACGAUAACAGCAGAUUCACCACUGACGUCCGUGGACAUCAUGCACAACGGAGGCACGGUGGCCGUCGGGUCCACACGAGGCAAGAUCUUCAUCUACGAUCUGCGUCAGGGUGUCACGCCAGUCAAAAGGUUUUCAGCGCACAAGUCAUCAGUACACUGUCUCAAAUUCCAGCCUAACUUUGACUUUAAGAAGACAGAGAACAGUAGUUCAGGUGCCCAGAGUCGGCGCCAACUUCCGACAGCACCACAGAGAGGUAUGGAGGAUGCCCCUUCUUCAGCAUCCAAUCAUGUCCAAGUCUCAGUACCCACAGUGGAUAGACAGCUUGCUGGAAUAACGUCUGCAGCCAUCAUUGAUGUUGUGUCCCCGUUGAAAGAAGGUGACUCAACUUCAGAAAGCCGAGGAGACAAUCGGAGUGAUUUGGGAAAUAGAUCAGGGAAUGUACUUGGUCACUCCAGUCAUCAGAAUGACUCUGGUCAAGGUGUGUUCUCACCCAUAUCUAAUAACCUUGGACUCAGCAAUGCCAGUGAUACAUCCAUGCCACGGAGACAAAACUUCAAUGAACGAGGACUUAGUCCCCUUGUGCACAGUCCAAUGUUUCAUGGCCAGGGUCUGUCAAUGUCGUCUGAUGGCAUGCCAAUGAUGAACAUGAGGUAUCAGACCCAUCUGGCCCAGGAUGAUGGUAACUAUGGCAACCAUAGAGCCAUGCCCAAUGGACACACAGAGUUUGACUCACCAACUCGGCGGAAGCACUCCCCCAAAGGUAUCUGUGCGUCUCCCAGCCUGCCAUCUGUCCACCUGCCUAUACAGUCCAGCGCUGACGGUGCUGAGGGGGACGUGACCGACGGCAGGGGGAGCUGCAACACCAGCAGUGACAGCCCCCGCAGCGGGCGGGCCAGUAGCCGGGCGGACACGCGUCUCCCCUCCCCCUCCCAUGGCAGUCCCACUAACACACAGCAGCUGCGCCACCUGGUGAAGGAAGCUGUCAAGGACUACUCGGAGCAGAUGCAGGGGGAGUUGAAGGCCAUGUUCAGGAAGGCGACUCAGAGCCCAAGGAGUGAGAGUGGCCCAGCAGCAUCAGAAACCAGUGUAUUCCAGACUGAGUUCAUCCGGAACCUCAUCCGUGAAGCUCUGGAGGAGUUCCGGGAGGACAUCCACCGAGACCUCCAGCUUGUUCAUCUGGAGAUGCUCCGCCAGUUUCAGUUUCAGCAGACGGAGGUGCUUGCCAUGUUGGAGCAUCACUCGGUGAAUCAGGACCUGGUAGCUGAAGUUGAAAGACUGAGAGAAGAGAACAGAAGAUUAAAGAAAAACUUUUGAGAAGACCUGUGUCCUAUGUAAAGUGCCAGACACCAUUGUUAAGAUUUACAGAACUGUUGAUCUGAAUGUAAGGUGCCAAACGGUUGUCCUCUGUAUUCAGUGAUCUGCUUACCUUCAGUCUUCAUAUAUUGAACAAACAAAGGAGAAAGACUAUGAGAUGGGAUUGUCUGGUUUGAACACACAUUGAAAAGAACAGGAAAACAGCUUCCUACUUGUCAUAUGAAGUGGUCCUCGAACCUGGCCUUCAGUCUUAUUUAGGCUGGAUCUUGGUCUGAUGAAAACUAGACACUACCAAGGAACAGGUACUUCCCAUGCAAAACAGACCGUGAUAUAGGUAUAGGUGGAGAUGCGCUCUUCACUCCUUCGCUAUGUGCUAGGCUGGAAGUCUUGUCAUAGUACCAUUAGUUGGUGCGGAGUACUGUAACAGGUACAUAAACAUCAUGUUGUAUGGCUGAAGUAGCUCUCUUCACUCCAGAUUCUUCUCGGCCAUCAGCUUGCUUCUGGGACGACAUAUCGCCUAAGUAUAUCCUCGCCACCUUGAUUAUACCAAGUGAACAGAGAUUCUGGAAAUGGUGAUUAAUGCCAAGCUUUGGAGUAUGUGACUAGCGACAGGCUACUGGAUCCGCUCCC